AUGAGUAGUGAAAAACUGCCGUCUCUCCCUCUUCCCUAUCCCCAGGCAACCUACUCGUCGGGUACGACUUCGCCCCGGGUUAGCUCCAUCGCCUCCUCCGUCAGCUCCCACGGCUCUCGGUCUUCAUUCACUUCGGUAGCUUCUUCCAACGGGCCCAAGACUCCGUCCCCCACCCUGCCCAUCACUUCGUCUAUUCCAGGCCAGCAAUACGAUCAUUACCCAGCGAUGAGCCAGGCUCCUCAAGAUAUGUACUACCCUCAGCAUAUGUCUGCAGGGCAAGCCGCUCCCCCACAGACCGUCACCUCGGGCGCCAUGUCUCAUUACACUCAUCAGCAGCCACCCUUAUUACAGCCCGGCCCUGCCCAGUACCCUCCUCCCCCUCCGGCUCCUUAUCCCCACCAGUAUGGGUAUGCCGGUGGCUUGACGUCCCCUCCCACGGCACACCCCGUGUCGGGGAACAUGGGCAGCAGCGGUCUUCUUCCCCCUCCCGCUCCCCUACCUGGUAUUCCCGGUCAGGCUGCCGCCAUGCAGAAUCAGUACACCGGAUUCGACACCACCGGCCAGAUCGCACCCCCGGGAAUGAAGCCCCGCGUUACCGCCACGCUGUGGGAAGAUGAGGGAAGCCUCUGCUACCAAGUCGAGGCCCGAGGAAUCUGUGUCGCCCGUAGAGAGGAUAACCACAUGAUCAACGGUACCAAGCUGCUCAAUGUUGCCGGAAUGACCCGUGGUCGCCGCGAUGGUAUCCUCAAGAGUGAAAAGGUUCGCCAUGUCGUGAAGAUUGGUCCGAUGCAUCUGAAAGGCGUGUGGAUUCCUUUCGAGCGUGCGCUUGAUUUCGCCAACAAGGAAAAGAUCACGGAGCUCUUGUAUCCUUUGUUUGUUCACAACAUCGGUGCGCUUUUGUACCACCCCACGAAUCAGACUCGUACAAGCCAGGUUAUGGCUGCCGCCGAGCGUCGCAAGCAAGAGCAGUCCCAACUUCGCGGCCCUCAGCCCACUCCCCCUGGUCUUCCCUCGAUUCAACAGCACCAUCACGCCAUGGGGUUGUCGGGGCCGCAACCCCCUCUUCCCUCACAGACGAUGACGAGACCGACUCUCGAGCGCGCCCAUACCUUCCCGACGCCACCAACGAGCGCAUCGAGUGUGAUGGGAAGCAUGGCCCCCUCGGAUAACUUCCAAUGGGCUCAGCAGCAAGGGAUGAGCGCAACUCAAGGUACACACUCCAUGUCCAUUGAGACAGGUCUUAGCAACGCGCGCUCAAUGCCCAAUACACCAGCCACUACUCCUCCCGGUACCAGCAUGCAGACGAUGCAGCCAUAUCCGUCGGCUACCCAAUCCUACGAUACCUCGAGGCAAAUGUACAACCACUCGUCGACACAGCAGUCUCCCUAUCAAACGGCACCCCCCGCCCCACAAGACAGGUCUCUGUACGGUCAGCCGCCCACCUACGUUAAGAGCGAGAUGGCACCACCCUCCAGCAGACCCGCCGGCCCUGUUUCGUCCACGGAGCAAGCCGACAAUAAACCUCCUAACGGGAUCCUUCAAUCCGAUCAGAGCGGGCAGACCGUCUCUCAUGUCCCUCAUGCGGCUGGCGAGGAUGAACAGGACCACGAUCACGAAGCCGAGUACACCCACGACAGCAGUUACGACGCCAACAGGGCCUCGUACAACUACCCAGCUCCUGCUGUUGGAUCGAUGCCGGGCGACCAUUCCCACAUUGCCCCUGAAAUGACAGGCUCCCCCAGUCACCCCCCUGCUUCCGGGCGUGCUACUCCCCGCAGCGCUGCUCAACCCCAGUCCUACUACCCCCAGCAGACGGGUUAUGCUUCGCCGCCUCGUGUGCCAUCGGCGUCGAACAAUGUGUACACUGUAAUGAAUAAUGACCGAGGAACGGCCAGCAACGGCCCCAAUGACGUUUAUGCACCCCAGGCGGAUAUGGGCGCUUCUAUGCCCAAUGGAUAUGGCAGCCAGCCGCCCGUCAUGAAUGGUGCCAGUGGCGGCCUCAAGCGGCAGCGUGAUGAUGACGAUGUUCCCCGCCCCUCGAGCGGCGGGCCUGGCAUGGGUGGCCUUGACCUCAAGCGAAGGAAAACCAUGAUCGACUCCACUGUCCCACCUCCCACUUACGAGGCCAUGAACCGUCCUGGCUCUGCCAUCUCGGCACAACGGCGAAGGUAA